UGAACACAGAAGAAGGAUUUCUGAUCUGUUGUGUAGCGAGUUGUGUGAAACUUUAACUGUUUUAAACAUGGAUAAAGAGUUAUUUCGUAAGCUUGCGUCGAAGAUUGGGAUAACAUCUCUUAAAAUAUUGAGCCAAGCAGAGGAGUACAUGCGAUUAUCCCUGCUGAAGUGUGUUGGAUUGGGCUCUGUGACAGCCACCAGUAAAGCCAUUAUUUGUCUGGAAUUGGCUGCGACUUCAAUGAAAUAUCCUAUAGACAAGGAGUAUGCAAUUAAAAUAUCCGGUCUGAGUGCUAAGGCCUACCACAGUAAUUUGAAAGCUAUGGAGUGCAUGCUGGGCCUGCAGUCUAAUCUGGGUCUCCGGGACCUUGCAGUGCAAUAUGGAUGUCUGGAUGCUGUUAAAGUGGCCUCUCAGAUGCUUCAACGGUAUGAGGACAGUCUGCCUGCUGCUCAGCAACAAGACCUUGACUUGACUAAACCUCUCUUUACAACUGCAGCUCUACAUGCAGCGUGCAAGUGCAUGAAAAUCAGAACUGACAGGAAAUUAGCCUCUUCGUCUGGAGCGAAGAAAGGAAUCUUUGACCGGUUGUGUACGCAAUUCCAGAAAUUUGGACAGGAGAUCUGUACGGAAGCUUCCUCAACACAGCAACCAAUAAAAAUGUCUCAAAAGAGGCAGAAGACCCUUACUGAAAUGCUUGAAAUAGAAGAUGAUGAUGAUGAUGAUGACACAGACACUUGCUUCCCAUUAAACAAUAACGAUGGAAAUCAGUCAACGUCACCCAAGCAAGUGCGAAUUGAGAAGACUGAAGAGGAGUCGACACAAAAUUAUGAAGAGUGGAAAAGAAAAAUCCUUGAGAAUGCACUGAAAGCUAAAGCUGUAGAUUCAUAAAUGGUAUUAUGUUUGCAAUUUACUUAAUUAUGGUUCUGAUUAAUAUUAAAAGCAUCCUACUUUGAUUUUAUAUUAUUACAAGAGAAGUUGCCUUCCCCUUUCUGGGUUUUCCAAAAUUCGGUGUGCAAGUAAAAUAUAGUUGCUAUUUUACAUGGUCAAUAAAAUGACUGGUUUAAUCGUUAGUUCUUCAUUAAACUAUGUUGAGUUUCUUGCUCCGAUGUAUUAUUUUCAAAAGGCAAGUGAUUAUCAUUCGAGUGGUGUGGAUAAAUGUUUAAUCCAUCAUGUUUGAAUGAAUAUGUUUGACAAACGUAUGACUUGUUUGAACAGUGAGGGUGUUUUGAAUUAAUUGACAGUCCUAUGAGAUUUUAUUAAUGUAUUUAUUAGCCCCUGGUCACGUUUGCUUCUGUUUCAAGAGGCAGCUCUUGUAUCUUACAGGUUUAACAAAAUGUUCACACCUCUUUUUAUGACAUGGUUUUUUUAAUGUCUCGAUUAAACACACAUCCUACAGAAA